AUGAAGUCCAAGAAGGCCGUAAAUUCAAUCUGGAAAACAUGGAAAUUUAGGCUUACGGAGACACGAGACAUAGCAGAGAAUUUCUGGAAGCAUGGUAAUCCACGGCCGAUUCGAUUACCCAAGCAUUUGAAGUGGACCCAGUACCACUACAUGCAAAGGACCAACUAUUUCACCAGAAUACUGAAGGGAGCCAAAUAUCGAAUUCACAAACCAAGAAUUAAAAAAUCCUUGGAAUCGGACCAACAAAGAUCACAACCUGAACCCAGAUGGUCCAACGAUGAAGGUCACUCCAGCACCGAUCAGAGCACGAGGAAAGGAGAGGCCAGGCACAUGGGUCACGUAGUCAUCGAUCAAUCAGGACACAGGAUAACGGAGCAACCGCUGAACAGACCGAAUAAUCGUGUUCGAAGGCCUGCCGUGAAGCCCCCACCAGAACAGGCAGACUGA